AUGUCAAACGCCAAAGAAAACCUCCUACUUUUCUUUGACCGCCCCACCGAGCCCUGCUUUAUGCAGAAAGGUGAAGAAAAGGCUACCUUCGAUUUGCCUGCUAACUACUACCCGGAUAAAUACAAGUCUGCGAGUUCGACUUUGGCCAAUCGCUUUGGUUCAGAGUCGAGUCGACGUAUUCCAGUAAGAAACAUAGCGCUGCCCAACCUUUCUCUGCCCAUGGAACUGCCUUACAAUGACCAGUUCUCACUCUUCGUGCCUAAACAUAGGCAGAUGGCUGGCAAACUCAUUGAUAUUUUUAUGAGUAUGCGUAACGUUGAAGACCUUAUGUCAGUAUGCUCCUACUGUCAGUUGAGGAUAAAUCCUUACAUGUUCAACUACUGCCUCUCAGUCGCCAUAUUGCAUAGGGAUGACACCAAGGGCCUGAAUAUACCAACAUUCGCGGAGACCUUCCCCGAUAAAUUCAUGGAUCCGCGUGUCUUCAGGAAAGCUCGUGAGGUCAGCACCGUUGUGCAGCCAGGAAACAGACUGCCAGUAGUGAUCCCCCAAAACUACACAGCAGCCGAGUUUGAGCCGGAACAGCGAGUGGCGUACUUCCGAGAGGAUAUCGGCUUGAACCUACACCACUGGCACUGGCAUCUUGUUUACCCAUUUGAUGCAGCAGACAGAAACAUUGUUAACAAGGACCGCAGGGGAGAACUGUUCUACUACAUGCAUCAGCAGAUUAUAGCAAGGUACAGCGUGGAGCGCAUGUGCAACGAUCUUUCUCGACCAAAACGCUACAGUAACUUCCGCGAGCCCAUCGAAGAGGGAUAUUUCCCCAAACUGGACUCGCAGGUCGCUAGUAGAGCAUGGCCACCGCGUUUCGCUGGUACAAAAAUCCGUGACCUGGACCGUCCAGUGGAUUUGAUCGCAGCGGAUGUGUCCCAAUUAGAAACUUGGAGGGAUAGGUUUCUACAAGCCAUCGAGGAUAUGGCCGUUUUACUUCCUAACGGUCGUAAAAUGACUUUGGAUGAGGACACCGGGAUUGACGUUCUUGGUAACCUGAUGGAAUCAUCCAUUAUCAGUCGUAACCGACCUUUCUAUGGGGACCUUCACAAUAUGGGACACGUAUUCAUCAGUUAUUCCCAUGAUCCAGACCAUAGGAAUCUGGAACAAUUUGGAGUGAUGGGUGACUCCGCAACAGCGAUGCGUGAUCCUGUAUUCUAUCGCUGGCACGCGUACAUCGAUGACAUCUUCCAGCUCUACAAGAACAAACUGCCACCAUAUCCAAAUGACAGACUCGAUUUCCCCGGUAUCCAAGUGCUCUCUGUUAGCGCUGUGUCGGGCGCGGGACCUGACCGACUAUUAACGCAAUGGGAACAGAGUACAAUGGAGCUAGGGCGAGGUCUAGACUUUACACCACGUGGCUCAGUUCUGGCAACGUUCACACAUCUACAACAUGACGAGUUUAAUUAUAUCAUCGAGGUUAAUAACGCAAGUGGAGCAGGCGUAAUGGGUACAGUGCGUUUGUUCAUGGCGCCGGUCGUCGAUGAAAAUGGAACUCCCCUCAGCUUCGAUGAACAGCGGAAGUUGAUGAUAGAGUUAGACAAGUUCACACACGCCAUACCAUCCGGUUCUUCAACCAUUCGUCGCUCGAGCACGGAGUCAUCUGUAACUAUCCCAUACGAGCGUACUUUCCGCUCUCAGGGUUCUCGGCCCGGCGAUCCUGGUUCCGCAGAGGCUGCCGAGUUUGACUUCUGCGGCUGCGGUUGGCCGCACCACUUGCUGCUGCCGAAGGGAACCACAAGGGGAUACCCAGUUGUACUGUUCUGUAUGAUCUCCAAUUGGAGUGAUGACGGAGUAUCUCAAGAUCUAGUGGGUAAAUGUAAUGAUGCAGCCUCCUAUUGUGGCAUCCGUGACCGCAAGUACCCUGACCGCCGUGCCAUGGGCUUCCCCUUCGAUCGUCCUUCCCCUGCCAGCUCGCUUCAGGAUUUCCUUACUCCUAACAUGGCCACCAGACCCUGUACCAUCAUUUUCAAUGACAACGUCAGGGUCCGUUCCGCACGAUAA